GGCCGCGGGGCGUUGCCACGGCAGCGGGUGAGUGACAGGUGGCGGAAGCGGCGCCAUGGGCGGCUCGGCCAGUCUGCUGCCGCGGGACGCGCUGGGCGAGUACCAGGAGCUGACGUUCCUGAGCAAGCAGGAGAUCCUGCUUGCCUACAAGAGGUUCAGUGAACUGCUGCCAAAGCAGGAGCGGGAGAACGCCUGCUCCGCGCGGGUUCCCAAGAGCCACCUCCUGACACUGCCUGAGCUGCGGGCAAACCCCUUCCAGCACCGGAUCUGCCAUGUGUUCUCCACCUCGGAGGCUGGGGACAACAGCAUGUCCUUUGAAGACUUCCUUGACAUGCUGAGCGUCUUCAGUGACUCUGCCACCUUCGACAUCAAAUCCCACUAUGCCUUCCGCAUCUUUGACUUUGACGACGAUGGGACUCUGGACAGGAGGGACCUGGAGCAACUGGUGAACUGCCUGACGGGGCAGGGCGAGGAGUCCCGGCUGAGCAGGGCGGAGAUGGAGCAGCUCAUCCAAAACAUCCUGGAGGAGUCUGACAUCGACAAGGACGGCACCAUCAACCUCUCCGAGUUCCAGCAUGUCGUCUCCCGCUCCCCAGACUUUGCCAGCUCCUUCAAGAUCGUCCUGUGAGCCCCGUGGCUCACCAGCACCACUCCUCCAGUUCCUCCAGAACCACUUGUCCAGUUCCUCCAGCAUCAUUCCUCCAGUUUCUCCACCACUCCUCCAGUUCCUCCAGCGCUCCUCUGGCUCCUGCAGCUCCCUGUGGGCUCAGCCAUUUCUUCUUUCAGAGAGCACAGGCCUGGCCCCUCACUGGCCCAGCAAUGCCACAGUGCCUUGGGCAGGAGCCCUCCUGCUUUCCUCUCAGGUGCCUGGCAGUGGGGGGCCCUAGGAAUCUGCCUCUCCUGCAGCCCCUCUGUUCUCCCAGCACCAGUUUGACUCCAUAAGCAGUCUAAGGGCAGCUCUGCAGGUGGGGGAGGCUGAGCUGCUCCUGCCUGGGGCCACUCUGUGCCAGCACAGCCCCUCCCUGCCCUCAGGACCAACUCCCAAAUCCCUAAAGACCAAUUCCCAAGUUGUGCCUUCCAGCAGCAGGCAGAGAGCUGCCUCCCUCUCCAGCCUCUUCUCAGCUUCCUCAUCUUCCUGGGAGCGUCCCUGCUGCCACAUGGAUUCAUUUCUCUGAGCAGUAACCCGAACAUGGAUCCUCUGAGCA